UAACGGACAAACAGAGGCCAACUAACAAAAAAGAAUUCAAAAGAGAAAAAAAGCUUUGAAUUUGAAGAGCUCAGCAAUCUUUCAUGGCUAUGGCUUCCACUUCUCUUCAAUACCCACUUCAUAAAUCUUUGUUUUGCCCAAAAUACCCUCCUCUUUCUCACAAUUCUCGCACUUCCCAUCCUCGUCUCCUCAGGUUCUCCUCUUCCCGGCUUCCCUCCUCAAUUCGCGCCUCUUCUUCAGUUGCUCUUCAACCUGAAUUAGGAACACAACAGAUUCAAACUAUUGAAGAUGAUGUAUUUGCAUGUCCUGUAUGUUAUGAGCCUCUCAUUAGAAAAGGACCUUCAGGUUUUAAUUUGUCAGCAAUCUAUAGGUCUGGUUUCAAGUGUAAGAAUUGCGACAAAACAUACUCCAGCAAGGACAACUAUUUGGACCUUACCAUUACUGCCUCCAUGAAGGAGUUUACGGAAGUCAAACCUGCUUCAACGGAGCUAUUCAGGAGUCCAAUAGUAUCAUUCUUAUAUGAACGAGGAUGGCGUCAAAACUUUAAGGGAAGUGGAUUUCCUGGUCUGGAUGAAGAGUUCAAAAUGGCCCAGGAGUACUUCAAACCAGCAGAAGGUGGCCUCCUAGUAGAUGUUAGCUGCGGCAGUGGAUUGUUCUCAAGAAAAUUUGCUGGAUCAGGGACUUAUUCAAAAGUUGUUGCCCUUGAUUUUUCUGAAAACAUGCUUCGCCAGUGCUAUGAUUUCAUUAAGAAAGAUGAUAAAAUCUCAAACAAGAGUCUCGCUCUUGUCCGAGCAGAUGUUUCAAGACUACCCUUCGAGUCGGGUUCAGUUGACGCGGUUCACGCAGGUGCUGCUUUACAUUGCUGGCCAUCACCUUCAAAUGCUAUAGCUGAAAUCUGCCGUGUAUUGCGAAGUGGUGGAGUUUUUGUUGGAACCACUUUUCUUCGAUACAGUGCAACCACUCCAUGGAUAGAGCGGCCUUUCCGUACGAUUGUUAUGAGGAACUAUACCUAUUACACCGAACCGGAAAUUGCGGACCUGUGUACAUCAUGUGGUCUUACGAACUACAAAUGCGAUGUUCAGAAAAACUUCAUCAUGUUCACUGCAGAGAAGCCUUGAGACUAGUUGAAUGACAUUUCAUUAACAUUCUGUGAACGAAUUCGCGAUCACAUAUUAAUUACUAAAUUUGUCUAUAAUACACACAGUAAUUGUAUAGACAUUUAAAAUAGUCGAGAACUUGGAGAAAUGUAAUGUUCCGUGGUUACUAUAAAUAUAUAAAUUACUAAAGGUUGUAAUUUUUAGAAGAAAAUUAAGAGCAGAAUCAAUGUUCGUUGA